UAACAAAAUGUCGGACGCACUAACUUCCUGACAAUCUAUUGAUGGAUCGUUUUUCAAUUGUUAUUGUGUUUGGCAGUUUAAAUGACAUGUAAAUUAUUUGUUCAUUUUGGUAUUUAUAUUAAACAGGUGAUAUGAAGUCGUUAGAGGCCAAGGUUGUUGUUCUAGGAUCUCAAGGUGUUGGGAAGACCAGUGUUGUCAUCCGCUAUGUCGGCGGAAUGUUCAGUAAGGCUGUCAGUCCAACCAUUGGAGCUUCUUUCUUCACAUACAAACUUACAGUGGAUGACUACCGUGUAAAACUCCAGGUCUGGGACACAGCUGGACAAGAGAGAUUUAGAUCUAUGGCACCAAUGUACUACAGGAAGGCGAAUGCAGCCAUGUUGAUCUAUGAUAUCACAUCUUCCGACACUUUUUAUGAUAUUAAGGACUGGGUCAGUGAAUUAAAAAGAAAUGUAGAUACUCCAAUCAUUUUGUGCCUUGUGGGAAACAAAUGUGAUCUUGUGGACAGUCGACAGGUGAACGUCACUGAUGCUCAGGAAUACGCAGACUCCAUUGGGGCGCUGUUCUUUGAAACUUCCGCUCUCAAAAAUACAGGGAUUGAAGAAGCAUUCUUGGAGGCUUCAAAGAGAUUGAUCAAACUUUAUGAAACCACGCCUACUUCUGGAUUACACACGUUGGAUCAAUUAAACAGUUCCGGGAAUAAUGACGAUAAAAUCCACAUUGACCCCCCAUCAAAACACACAGGACCCCCUCCACCACCGGCGUCAAAGUGUAGCUGUUGAUAAUUUGUGUGGUUAUUUAAAAAGUGUGUGAUGUAAAAUGAUCAUCUCCCCUUCAGUAGGGAAAUAUGGCUGUUGUUGUGCUCACAUAUAUGUAGUUAAUGUUUAUGUAUAAAUAUUAUUAGGUUAUAGAUGUUUUUAUGCAUUUUUCGUUUGUUUUGCACGUUAUAUUUUUUUUGUUUGAGGUGGUAUCCACCCAAGAACCCUGUAUCUGCUUCUAUUUCAAUGUACAGUUAUUGAGUUCCAGCACAAGGGUGACAUCAUGAACAUUGUAUUAUGAUUUCUUUGAUUUGAAUAUAGCCACAACUCAAUAAACCAUUUGAGAUAUUGAAAUGAAACUUGGUACACGGAAUGCCAGAAACAAAACAUACUUGUAUAACAAGGUCCAUAACUCUUAUUUUAAUAUGUAUCAAGUUGUGCACCUUUUUCAUGAUUGUUGAUUGAUUGACAGAGGAUUGUUUGUGAUUGCACCACAGUGUUAUAAUAAUUUGCAGGGUUGGUGUUUAAGUUUAUUCAUAGUCGGGCAAGGUCAUUGGGCCAGUGCAUCAUAUGCAGGGCUUCUUAUCAGCUGAUUUAUAGCCAUUAGUCAGCUAUGUUCCCAAUGUUAAACAAUGGUAUUUUCACAAUUUGAAUUCAAAACUUUCCAUGAAAUCUUUGGAAAAUUAAUUGGUCAAAUUUGGCCCCAAAAUUACUUUCAUCGUGUAUUUUUUUCAAAAUGAUUGACAAGUUUAUCAGCAGCUUUAAUGUAAGUAGGUAAUAUGUUCCAAUUUGAGAAGUUUAAAACAAUCAUUUACAAUAUAACAUCUGGUGAGCUGCACAAAAAGCUCGAAAAUGCCCUUGUAUGUAACACCAUUUUGAAAAGCAAACAACCAUUGUCAUUAUUUUAUCAUACAACUGAUAUACAGCAUCAGGGCGGGUAUUCAUAUAAGAUCUUACAGCUUUUGCACUCCCACAGAUAUACCAUUUUAACAACUUUUAUAUUUUUUUGUCUUAUAAAGAGCAAAUUUUUGCAUAAAUAUCUGCAAACCAAUGAUAUAGGAUUGCUUACAAAAAAUCAGAUCGUAGAUUUUCAUAUUUUUGUUUAAAUAUUAAUGUUUUAUGGCUUAAACCGUUACUUAUGGUUUAAGAAAAAUUCACAAAACAUCCAUUUUUGAACUUAAAUAUAAAAAUCUGCGAUCAAAUUUUUUGCCAGUAGUCUAAAAUAACUGGUUUCCAUGGAAUUUCGCAAAAAUUGGCUCGUUCCAAGACAAAAAAAUAAAAAAAAGUUGCCAAAACAUUCAAUCUGUUAGAGUGCAGCGUUAAGUCAUUCCUUUACUUAAGUCAAUUUCCUAAAUUCACAUUGUCUAUAUUAAAAGAAAAGUAAGUGUCUUUAACAUGAAACUAUGUAUUUUAAAUAAAAUGAUAAUAAAGUAUUUCAUAUAUAAGGAAGGAAUUACAACAUAUGAUUAGUAAGAUACUUAACUUAGGAAAAUGACUGAAGAUGUUUUAUGAAUACUGUCCCCAUACUUAAACGCUUGACUUAUAUACAUUCUGGCUCAUGUAGUAAUCUGCUCAAUAUUACAUUUUCUCAUUCACGCUACUUCUUGAACCCCCUUUAAUUUUGUUAAUAAAGUCAAGUCAAUAUUUGUAUAGUGUGGGAUGUCAUGUAACAUAUAAACAUAAGCUACCAGUAUAUAUAGCUUUUAACUGGUUUCAUUUCACAAAUAACAACAGGAUUCAACUGAAAUAAGUAAGCAUGUGUAAUUAGACAUAAAAUGUAAUCUUUCAAAGUCACCACAUAUAUAUUACUUAAUGUAGUAAAGAAUGCCUUGAACUGAUCAUAAGUUAAUCGUUUGUAAAACUUUGAGAUUUUUUCUCUCGUUUUUUCUAAUCUUAUAGCCAAUUAAAUGCUUGUUGGUUUAAAUAGUAUUUAUUUUGCAACACAUAUUACUAUAUAUAUAUAUAUAUACAUACAACAUUACAUUUACAAGGAAAGGAUUGAAAGGAUUGAGGAGAAAGCCAAAGGCUUAUAAGGAACCCCUUUCCUCCAUCCACCUUGCUUGUUACCGAUAGAAUAGUUGAUUUUCAUUUUUAGGGAAAAAACAUGUUUCAAAGAACAAUAUUUUUUUAAUGAUCUAUGUUAAAAUCAUAACCUCAAUACAUGCAUUCCAUAUUUCUUGCAUUACUUUUAAAUUAAUUAUUAGUAUCUUGUAGUUUUGUUAAAACUCACCUGCUAAAAACCUAUUUGUUUUAAUUUCUAGAAUUAGGGUUCAUAUUUACCCCUAAUCAUAUAAAUGUUUGCUUUUUUGAUGUGCUUUACUAAAUAAUGCUCAGUGUUCUAUAUUUGAUAUAUCAUCAUCGUGAUGACGGACUUCAGGACUUAUAUAUAUGUAUACACUUUACACUUUACACUAUAAGGGGGAAACAACAGUAUAUUUUUGUAUAAUAAUGGCAAUUUUGUCUGACAAAAUCUAGAUGCAGGGAAGAUAUCAUAAAUGUCUGAUUAUAAGACACACUUUUUUUUCCUCAGAUUUUGACCUAAAAAAAUCCCUGGGUCUUACAAACAGUAAUAAGCUUUUGACAUUUUUUUCUGAAGUUGGCUGAAUGGAAUCACCGAGACAUGUCUAAGGAUAAGGAUAAGAGGAUAUUUGUUUAUUUCAGUGUAAGAUCGUAUUUUAUUUCAAGAGUGUCAUAGAAAAACAUACUUUCACGAGUGACGAAGUGUUUCAUAAGUGAUGUGUUCUGUUUUGAUCAAGGGGAAGUAACUACAAUGGAUUUUAAAGUAGUUCUGAAAGUUGAUAUUUUCACUUCUUAUUUUGCAGUUAAAAUAUCAAAUUGAUAUUUUCACUGUUGUUAUUUCACUGAUAAAACCCCAUAUUUCAUUGAAAAGCAUGAAAGAAACUAUCAAUAUUGAAUACUGGCCGAGACCGAAAAGCCUAAUCCUGAAACUUGGGUCCAAGUAUGACGGAUUCAGGCCCCAGGCAGGGUGAACUAGCUUAAAAUCCUGUUGAAAGUGUUUGAAAGCCAUUUACAUUAACCAUUUAUCCAAGAUACUUCUUACUUUUUCUAUUGCAAAUGUCCAGCAAAAACAAAACUAUAUAGCAAUCUGCACCUACCGUAAUAAUUCUCUAUCCUGAUAUGAGGAUUACCGUAAUCCUGAACUUUAUCACCCUGGGUAGCUGGUGCAUUUAUUAUGAUGGCGAUAUUUUAUUGCUUAAUAUUCAGUGUGUACUGCAUUGCCUUUUAUAUAGAGGAUAAUUGUUUGUUUAAGUUUAAGAUAUGCAAUAUAUUUUCUGAGUGAACACCAAAAGGAAUAUGUACUCUUAUUGUUCAUAAGGUGAUAUACACACUUGUGCAAUCAUACACUGAAAUAUUUUUUCUGUUUCCUGUAUGCUUUUAAAUUAAUAAAAAAAAAAAAAUUAAUUGAUAUUAAAUAGAAAAAAAUGAACGAAAUUUCAACCAAAUGAUAUCACACCAAGAAUGAUGUCAUGGCAUUUUAACCCAGCGUUGUAUCCAUUUGUUACCAUUUUUACCAUUGGAACAGGUAAAAUCUGAGAAAACUGUGAAAAUAUAUUUUUAUCAACUCACUGUUUCAAACAGUUAUAUCGAGAUAUAAUUCAUCAUUAUAUUUCAAUAAACUACAUAAAAGCACAAAAUAAAAUCUUCUACCUGCUGCUUACCAUUUACAUCUGCUAUUAACUAAUAGCAAAAUAAAAUCAAUAAACUUAGAUGAUGAAAUUUCAAGCAAGAUUUCAAUUUCUUUUUUCAUGUGACGCCAGCCCCAAAGUGUAUAGAAUGAAUAAUUUAAUGCAGAGAGGUUAUCAAUUAUAGUCAAAACAGAAUUUUAUAUUUAUUUACUGUUUUUGGGGGUUUUUUUAAUAAAAAUUCCAUUAAUUAUUGGUAAGCACCAAGGGUUGAAAAGAUUCACUUGUGAGCUAUGAAGCGGUCAAGUUCUAGCCCCCAAACUUCACAUCCGUAUGUUAGAAUAGGUACUGAAGAAGCAUCGGGAAACAUUGAAUUGGAGAUUUAGAGGCAAGUUAAGGUUUUUGAUUUUAAGAAAUAGUGCAUUCAUGGCUUUGUUUGUCAGACUAAUUAAAUAUUGUGUGGCCUUGGCUUGUGAUAUAUCAGAGAUGAACUGUGCUAACAUAUCAGCAUUCUUGGGGAAAAUCCUAUUAUUGACCUACGUAAAUCUAUAGCAUCAAAUUUUAUUGUUCUUUGUUACAGUAAUGUGUUGUGCGUUUGUGAAAUACUCGAGUCAAGUAAAAUAUAUUGUAGAUAUGUUUAUAUUUGUCGUUCAAAGUGCCAGAAUUGAUUUUUAUGUUUAUUUGUUAGUUAAUGUUAAACCAGAUUUUUGGUGUAAAGAUCAGCCAUGGAGCUACUAUUUCAGACUUUUUGUUGAAGUAAUAAGGCAGUGUUUUUCUUAUUUAUUAUGUGAUUUUGAAAAUAAAGCCUUUUAUAUUUGCCAAG